GGCUUCUUCAAGGGCACGUCGGCAGACCAGGACCGCAGGUUCUCAGACAAGGAGCUCAAGCUCCUCAAGUCCAUCAAGUUUCCCCCCGAGUUUGACAAAAAGGUCGACAUGCGCAAGGUCAACAUCGAGGUCAUCCGCCCGUGGGUCGCCAAAAAGGUCGUCGAGCUCGUCGGCUUCGAGGACGAGGUCGUCGUCGAGUACGCGAUGGGUCUCCUCGAAGACGAGUCUCAGCCGACGCCCGACCCUAAAAAAAUGCAAAUAAAUCUGACAGGCUUCCUCACCGCCUCGACCCCCGCCUUCAUGUCCGCCCUCUGGGCCCUCCUCCUCGAGGCCCAGGAGUCCCCCGCAGGCAUACCAAAGACCUUCGUCGAGGAAAAGAAGGAAGAAUUUCGCCGUGCUCGC